AUGCAGUCCGGAAUCUCAGUUUCCCCGGAGCUCCACGAUGCCUUCGCUCGUUUCACUGCGGACCCCUCCACCUUCUGUCUCCCCGUAACCAUCACCUCGGAGAGCCUGACCCCCCUGGACCCGAUUUCGCUCACCUCGACCUCCCCCGAUGGCUUUUUCGCCUCUCUGCCACAAUUGUCCUCGAUCCUCAAGCCGCAAACCCCAAUCUACCUCCUCCUGCGCCGGCCCACCUCAACCUCUUCGUCGCUGGUAGCCCUGACAUACAUCCCGUCCAACGCGCCCGUGCGCUCCAAGACUCUCUUCGCUUCGACCCGUGCCACGCUGGUCCGUGAGCUGGGGACGGAGAAAUUCGCCUCUACGGUGUUUGCUACGGAGGAGGACGAGGUCGUUGGUCAGGAUGCGUGGAAGGAGAGGGAUGGUGAGAGUACCGACGGGACCAGUCGGGAGGAGCUUAUGGGCGAGAAGGAGAGGGAACUUGAAGCUGUGCGGAGGGCAGAGGCUGAGGCGAGGAGUGGUACGCCCCAACGGGAUAUUGGAAUCGGGGGCACUUUUGCCAGAGGUAACUUUGGGCCCGGCUCGGGGUCUGGUAUGAGGGUUUCUAUGCCUGUGGAUGACGAGGCGAAGACCGCGCUGAAAGAGUUGCAGGAUGGUGGGCUCGUGCAGCUGACUAUCGACGUCCCCACGGAGACUAUCAAGCUGGCCGACUCCCAGUCCGGUGUGGCGGCGGGCGCCGUCGCCACUCAUAUCUCCGCGUCCUCGCCCCGAUACUCCUUCUACCACUAUCCCGGCUCUGAUGAGGUUGUUUUCGUUUACACGUGCCCCACGGGGUCGUCCAUCAAGGAGCGCAUGCUGCAUGCCAGUUCGCGGCGGAAUGCGCUCGCCAUCGCCGAGGAGCAGGGGCUCACGAUCUCAAAGAAGAUCGAGGCUUCGUCGCCCGACGAGGUCACAGGAGAUCGACUGCAGGAAGAAGUUCACCCGCCACAAGACCAGGGUCCUGCACGAGGAUUCGCCAGACCCCGUCGUCCGGGCCGGUAA